GCCUUGUCUUCUUUAAAAAAGUAUUAAAUCUGACUAUACAAUUCAACAGUACAGACUUUUUGGAACUUUUUAUUACGAUAUAAAUAUAUAUAAGUAAUUGCCUGUUGAGCGUAUAGCGAGCUUGACCCUAGCGGCACCAUGUACAAUGGUAUUGGCCUGGCCACAGUCAGAGGUUCUGGGACCAACGGCUAUGUGCAGCGCAACUUCAGUCACGUCAACAAAAAGAACCGCAACUUGAACGAGAAAUACAAUGAUGACCUAGAGGUUGCCAAGCGAGGGGAACGAAUGGUUGUCAAGCAAGCAAAUGAGGAGAUCCUCGAACAUGAGCGCAAGCGACAGAUAGAAAGUAAAUGUCUGGAAAAGCAAAUGGAACUGGAAGACGAUGGCAUGGAUGACGCUGAAAUUGAGAAAGUAGUAAAUGAGCUCAGAGAGAGACUGUAUGCCACUACUAAGACUGCGAGUGCGAAGUUAAACACACAUUCGUUGGCUGCUGAGCAACAGAAACGAAACGAGAAGCUGAAAGGUGCGUUUGCUAUCAGGGAUGAUUUUGUAGAGGGCAGUUCGUUUGAUAAGGAGGCCCAGACGGUUAGGAAAGAGAAGCGACACCAGGAAUGGGAGGAGCGGCAGAGUGAGAAGAAAGCCAAAGCCGAGGAAGAAGGCCGGAAGUACCGCGCACCGAGAGAUAAUGGUAUCCGCGGUCACCAUGACAACCGUAUGGCUGAUACGGACACUCGAGACAAGCGCGAUGAAGAUAAACGCUCGAGUAGGGGUCGAGAAAAAGAAGCGAAACACAAGGCGAAAAGCAGAAAGAAGCGCAGAAAACAGUCUGUCAGUAGUAGCAGCAGCAGUAGCUCCAGCGAGUCGGAGUCGGGUUCUAACUCUGGCAGCGAUUCGGCGUCAAGCAGCGAUGGGGCAAGCAAGAAGCGCCGGUCGACUAAAGUCAGCGGGAGAAAACAGAAACGUCGCUCGCCUUCACGCUCAGUGUCACCUGAGGUCAUCAACAGAAAGCCCUCCGCUGACAAAGGCGAACGUGGCGCAUCUAGAAGCAGAAGCCAUCCGCAAAGUAAAGAAGUUGAGGUGCUUCCCACCAUACACCCGUCCCGUAUGUCCUUAGUAGGUAAGGCCAUAGGUGCUGGUGCCGAUACACAGAGUAAAGCCAGAUCUAGAUCCAGAUCUCGCGGUUGUGGCGGUCGCGAUAAUGCACAGACUGCCCCCGCGUCUGCGCCUACUAAGAUCGGAACAAUCCAUCCAUCGCGAAUGAAUCUUGUGAAGCCCAUUCUGGAUGCCAAAGACCCCGUAUCUGAUCGAAGGGGUCGAGAUGAUGCUGAUCCAGAGAGAACCCGAGACAGGUCAAGGGGUCGAGAGAAGGAGCGAGAGCGCAAACGCGAAGCCAGUCCAAAAAUGGGGGAUGCCGGGUUUGUGCAUCCAUCGAGACGUGUACCGGUUGUACCGAAAGCCAAAAGCCCUACUCGAAGUCCCAGUCCCAAACGUUCUGCGCGCGGCAACGAUCGGAGCCGAAGUCGCAGUAGGGGACGCCGCCAUCGCGAGCGCAGCCGUAGCCCUAAACAUGCCAGAGAUACUGCUGAAGUAUCUCGGAGGUCGGCCAGGGACAGAUCCCGGACGCGCUCUGCCUCGCGAUCGCCACCGCCACGCCGCAGAGGCAGUCGACGCGGCGAACGUUCGAGAUCGCGUGAGACUCGUCGAAGGCGCUCGCGGAGCAGAUCUCGAAGGAGAUCUAGAUCCAGAGACAGAAGGUCAAGUCGACACGGGAGAGAGGAGAGGGGUCGCAACAGACGAUCCGCUUCUAGCGCUAGCGGUCGGUCUCGUUCUGGGAGUCGAGGACGCCGCUGAGCGUGGUGUUGGGGACAGGUGUAGCUAUGACCUGAAGUGCACGGGAUAAGAUUCAUAAAGUACUCUUGACUGGAAGAUAUUAUGGAGUUCUAACCAGCACACCAUAACCGCCUCGGGUUUAGUGUUUUAGACGCAGUACAAUAAGCACUUGUGGAGUUGCGGAGCAAAUGAAAUCUGCACGUUUAUUAGUUGCCAUACUGAACAUAAUAUACUCAGUUCACACGCUUCUCUGCUUCCGUGAGGGAUCCAGAACUCGGUAUCCGAGUUGUAGGUCUCUUGGGAUGUUCAGAAUUCCUGCAUGAUAACGGGUCGAAAUUGAAGACGUCUCAAUUUCUUUAUUUGUUAGUGCAAUCAGGAAUUUUAUCGACUAAGAGGCGUAUUAGACUACCUUGGCAACGUUUUUUGGUAUGGUAUAUCCCUACUUGAUUUGUGCUAUAUUUGUUUUUGCAACGUGUCGUGUCAAUAGCAUCAGUAUUUUAUUGGGAAUAGCACGUUGCAACUCUAUAUCUACAACCUAUACCUCAUAUUAAUAAAGGAAUGACAGGAUGCAGAAGAA